AUGCCCGAAGCUCGGACCACCUGUGCAGCUGUGCAUCUGAAUGGGGCGCUAGACUGCGGCGAAGAACUGUUUGAUGAGGCGAGUGCUUACACUUACUGUGAGGGCGAUGAGGAUUGUACUGCAGCGUGCUGUAUUGCUAAGAUUGAGGUUCCUUCACUUACCUACACCCAUCGGGAGACUGUUUCUACGCAUACUGCAACCAUCGCAAGUGAAGACCACACCCAUGUGGUGACCAGCUCGGCGAUAGUGAAUCCUGCCACCGAGACAACGCACGGGCACACGACCACAUACUUGAUUCCGGAGCCCCAUCCCACCGAAAUCGCUUCGUUAGGCACAACUGUGACUAUUGAAUAUACACACACGCCGGUGGUUACAGAGACUGUGGCUACCGUGAGUACAACUGAGUACUAUUCGCACGUUGAAACCGGUCACAUCCCGCAUCCUGACGGUAACAUCGUACUGCACACCACCAGAACUGAGAGCAGUCACCCUACUCAAUCAGAGACCGAUGAACCUACAACCACCACGCGUGCCAGUGAACGUACGACUGAACGUACCACCGAAUCGACCACUGAGCGUACUACCACUACUCGCGAACCCGAGCCAACGACUGAACGUACUACCACUCGGGCACCCGAGCCAACCACCGAGACCAUUCAGAAACCCGAGCCCACUCCGGAGGAGAAGUACUACUGUGGUGAUAUCAGCUACUACAAAUGCUCAACAUACAGAACGAGCUUGAAGUGCUGCAAGAACUCGGACAAAUGUACCGGUUGGGGCAACUGCAAAUGCACCUCAACCACCUGCUGCGACAAGACGGUCUCAGGCGCUAAGGACCCCGAUCGCGAGAUCACCGAUGGCAGUGACGAGAACAACGCUUACUGUGGGAGUGUCAGCAACAACAAGUGCGAAGGCUACAAGACCAGUCGGAAGUGCUGUAAGAGUGGCACGGGAAAGUGUGGCGGUUGGGCUGUGGAGAAGUGCUCAUCUAGUUACUGCUGUGACGGGACGGUGAAAGCCACCAACAGCAACUGCAGACGGGGCAGCCGUCGGCGUGAGUGCAACGGCAGGCGUUAAUUGCACAUGAAC